UUUUCCUCCAAACUUCAACUUCACAUAGACUCACUAUUAGUACUAGAAGCUACACAGACUGCACUAAUUUCUUCGAGACGGGUUCCACCGCAGAUCAGCUAACUCACUACACCCUCCUCCGUCAACCAUGAAACUCCAAGAAACAGCAAAACUGAUGAUGCUGUCAUCCACUGCCACAGCUGAGGAAACUGAUGGGUUGGGCAUCAAGACCAAAGUUGGGUUUGUCGUGGGGUUUGCCCUCGGAUUUGUGUUCAUGCAAGCCAUGGUCUUUCUGGGCGGAGAAGCUGACUUUCGACAACUCUUUACCGACCCUUCCUCCGCUGCUGCCAAGCAAGUCAAUCCAUUGGGUCAGGCAUUUGAAGCAUCGCUGCGAAACAUACAAGACGCUGCCAACGGGACGACCAAGAACACCAGCCGAGUGGCAACAACGGAUGCUCUGGCAAAGCCACAAGAAGAACAACCAGCCAUGACGGCGGAUUCUUUGUUUCAACUACCCUUUUAUAUCUACGACAAUGAACUGGACUGGUCGGUCAAUGCCACCGUGACUCGUGGUACCAAUCAAGCGGAAUUGUUGAAUCAGAGUGGAUUUUUGGGUUACAAGCAUUCUGAUGACUACUGGUUGCUCCUUCAUGCCAAACAACAUCCCAUGCGAACCAUGGACCCCAGCAAGGCAGAUUUGUUCUUUGUCCCCACCCUCCUCUCUGCAUGGAAUGCCCACGGCUACGAAGGCGAUGCCAGCAAAAACAAGUUCUGUGCCCACAAUGGGAUUUGCAACCAAAAGUUGCUGGAACGAGCGGAACAGGUGCUCCAAGAAUCCAAAUGGUACCGACGCAGUCAAGGACGCGAUCAUAUUGUGGUGGACACGCACUGGCGCAAACAUUGGAACAAACUGCCGUAUUCUCGUCUUUUGAAUUGCAAUUCCAUCAGCUUUGAAAAUUUAGUCCCCACGGAUGGAAAUCCUAAAGGGCACCAAAUCCCCACCGGUGGACGGGUCCAUAUUCCUACACUCUACGUUGGCAGACAAUGUCAGGAUGAGACCAACAAGACGCAUGACUUUGCCAUGAUUGCCACGUUUAAACCGGGGAACAAGAACUUUCUGGAUCGGGCUCAUAUUUGUCAAUGGCUGGAACAAAACAACCACCAGCAGAAUUACACAGUGUCACGCUGUGGAGGAGGUGAUAUGUGUCCUGCCUUGGGACAAGCACGAUUUGGAUUUCAUGCUCGAGGAGAUACAUGGGGCUCCAAUCGGCUCAUGGAUACCUUCCUGAGUGGCGCCAUUCCAAUCAUGACCAGUCCGGAGCAAAGAAAGAUCUUACCGGAUUUUCUGCCAUGGGAAGACGUGUCGUACAUGGUCGAUCUCUCCAACUCCACUUCCUUUGAUACCUUCAUACAAUCCAUUCUGCAAAAAACACCCCAAGAAUUGGCAGAAAAACGAGCCAACAUUUCCAGGCACAGGGACAUCUUUCAGACAAAGUCCAAGGGACGACAAUUUGACCUUUACAUGCACAAGUUUGCACAGAUGCUGGAGUUGUAUUGAAGGAAGGCAAUCAUAGACACAGCCGGCUACCUUAGGACUUUGGAGGUUCAUGCGUGGAAGAGCCUACACUGUACAAACAGAGGUUGGCCCGAGGACUUGCCAUGGAGCCAGAGUGAACAACAGUUUUUGCAUGUCUCGUGGCGUUUGGUGUUCGUGUAUGAGUCGACGGAUCGACUCUUGUAGCUGCGCCUCAACACAAACAUACAGUACAGUGUACCGGUGCUGGACUCGCUGGGUUUCUUGCAGGGGUGAAACGAGUCCAAAGCGAUGCAGCCGUCUUUAGCGGCUGUGGCUAACAAUAAGCAGUUUCAUCAUGUCCAGAUCCAGGAAAGACCUGUUGUUGUGGGUGGGCACAUUUUUUCCUUGAUCGGGACAUGCACCUGUUGGUUGGCACCAUAAGAUGGAAAUUUCAAGUUUCAUUACUAUAGUAGGCUAAUUUCAAGUUUCAUUACACUAAGGCUCGGGUCUACACAUCAACGCUGUCAUCUGCGA